AUCCUGCAAUUAUUUCAUUAUUCCACAGUUUCAAUUUGUUUUACUAUAAUUUAUUAUUUAUAUUUCAUGUUGCUCUGCUUAUGGUUCAUCCUCUUUGAGCCUGACAAGAGGAUAAAUCUGCAGAAAUGUUUUAAAACUGGUCUGUCUUUGUUAAUUAAUGAAUAAAACAGAAUAGACUUUUUAAAAUCACAUAGUUUGACAUUUUAUUUUGAAGGCGGUGAGCAGCGGAAGUGCGGUGGCUGUUUCCGGUGGUUGUGUUUGGUGUGGUCCGCCUCGGCUCGGCUCGGCUCGGCUCAGACCGGACCAGCAGCAGUAGUAUCAGCUGUAGUGAACCUGUGUGUGACCGCGGAGGAAAGAUGGCGGCCCCUGCUCUCUCCAGUCGGGCUGGCUCGGCGGGCAGCCUCGGGAACAGCCCCACCAUGGCCGCCGGCAGGCUGCCGCACGGAGGAGGCGGCGUCGGGCCCGAGCUGGACUUCAGGUCGGCGGCUCGGAUGGAGGAUCUGAACCGGCUCAUCCAGGAGUUCAGCAAGCACGACCAGCGGGAGUACGACGACCAGCGGGCUCUGGAGAUCCACACGGCCAAGGACUUCAUCUUCUCCAUGCUGGGAAUGGUCCAGAAGUUGGACCAGAAGCUCCCGGUGGCCAACGAGUACCUCCUCCUGUCAGGAGGUGUUCGGGAGGGUGUGGUGGACAUGGACCUUGACGAGCUGAGCGUCUACGCUCGCGGCACAGACUACGACAUGGACUUCACCCUGCUGGUCCCGGCGCUGAAACUCCAUGACCGCAACCAGCCAGUAACCCUGGACAUGAGGCACUCGGCCCUGGGCCACUCCUGGCUCAGUCUUCGCCUUUUUGACGAAGGAACUAUCAACAAGUGGAAAGACUGCUGCACCAUCGUGGACCACAUCAACGGGACCACCAACUACUUCUUCUCUCCGACACUGGUGGCCGACUGGUUCUACCAGUCCAUCUCCCUGGUGCUGCUGGAGGUGCAGAAGAAGCCUCAGAGAGGGAUGCCCAGGGUGGAGAAGGUGGAGAGGAACGGCACCAUCAUCUCCGUCAUCCUGGGUGUCGGGAGCAGCCGGAUGCUUUACGACAUUGUUCCUGUUGUGUCAUUUAAAGGCUGGCCUGCUGUCGCUCAGAGCUGGCUGAUGGAGAACCACUUCUGGGAUGGGAAGAUCACCGAGGAGGAGGUGAUCAGCGGCUUCUACCUCGUCCCCGCCUGCUCCUUCAAAGGCCGCAAGGAGAACGAGUGGCGCCUGUCAUUCGCUCGCAGCGAGGUGCAGCUGAAGAAGUGCAUCUCGUCCAGCCUGAUGCAGGCGUACCAGGCCUGCAAAGCCAUCAUCAUCAAGCUGCUGUCCCGCCCCAAAGCCAUCAGCCCCUAUCACCUCCGCAGCAUCAUGCUGUGGGCUUGUGACCGUCUCCCUGCCAACUACCUGUCACAGGACGACUUCUCCGCCCACUUCCUGUUGGGCUUGAUCGAUGACCUGCAGCACUGCCUCGUCAACAAGAUGUGUCCCAAUUAUUUCAUUCCCCAGUGCAACAUGCUGGAGCACCUGUCGGACGAGACGGCCAUGCUGCACGCCCGCAAACUCUCCUCGGUGCGCUCCGACCCGGCCGAACACCUCCGCACCACCAUCGAGCACGCCAAGGCUGCCAACAGGCUGACCGUGGACCUGCAGUGGCGCGGCAGCGCCAGCAACCUGCCGUCGCCGCAGUCUGACGCCGGUGGAGAGAAUCAGCCGGACGACCGACUGGCCAAGAAGCUUCAGCAGCUCGUCACAGAGAAUCCUGGGAAAUCCAUCUCAGUCUUUAUCAACCCGGAUGACGUCACACGGCCGCACUUCCGCAUCGAUGACAAGUUCUUCUGAGACUGAGACCUCUUCCUCCUCCUCCUCCUCCUCUUCUUCCUCCCCCUCCUCCUCCUCCUCCCCCUCCUCCCCCUCCUCCUCCUUCUCCUCCUUCUUCUUCUCCUCCUCCCCCUCCUCC